AUGAAAAAAAUUUUAAUCUUAAUUUCCAUUUUUUACUGUAUCAACGCAAAACUAUUAACAAACAGUACAUGUAAUGAUUGCAUAGGAAAAAUCCACUCCAAACAAGAUUUACAACUAGCUAGGCAGAGUCUAGUUAUUGAUAAAAAUCAAUUUUGUCACAAUAAACAAUAUACAUUUAUUAUUAUUGUGAAAUCAGGAAGCUUUGGAAAGCGAAAUUUCACACGUUCUACAUGGGCCAAAGAAAUUAGUGAGCAUUUUAAAAUACCUAUUCUAUAUGCCAUUGGUUAUCCAAAAGAUCCUCAUCUCCAAAAAUAUAUUAUUGCUGAAGAUCUUCUAUAUCAUGAUUUACUACAAUUCAAUAUUGUUGAAAGUUACUAUAAUUUAACAUUGAAAACCACAAGUGUUUUACUGUGGUAUGAUCGAUAUUGUUCGAAAAAUAGUGAAUAUCUUUUAUAUGUCGAUGACGAUGUACUUAUACAUGUCGAUAAAUUAAUCAUGUAUAUGCAUCGAACGGUUAGCAAUGAUUCCAUUCAAGGUUGGUUCGAAAACUCUGGACACAUUCAACGUAAAGGUAUGGGUGGAGUAUCAGUAGACGAUUUUCCUAUUGAUGUUGUACCAGAUUAUUUAUGGGGUGCAGCAGUAGUAUAUCCGUCACAUAUAAUAUCGAAUCAAUUGAUUGGCGCUAUAUUUAAUUCAACGGUACCUAUAUUUUUUCGUGAUGAUGUUUUCAUCAACGGAUUUAUGGCUCAACAAGCUGGAGUAAAACGAGAACAGAUGACAGGAAUUUUGUGUUUUGAUCCAACAGAAGAUGAUUUAGAUUCGAACAUGAUUGUCAUCGAUUUUAAAAAUGAAGAAGCUCGUGAAAAUACUUGGAAUUGCUAUAGAAAUGUGGAAUAUUUUUAUCCAUGGUGUUAA